AUGGACCACAUAGAUGGAGAAGCCGAGCGACGCGCCGAGGGGGAACGCCAACGUGCCGACAAUGCUGAGAAAGAGACCAGACCGACGACGUUAGACGAAUACAUCAACGCCUGUCAUGACCUCGUUUUCACCAAGUUUUCUGUACAAACGAACAAAAGCUUAACAUCCAAGGGAUCGAUAACAAACCCGCGAAACAAGUUCUGCCCGACGCGCCUCGAGCCCUGGGUGGACUUUUUGGAAGAGCAGAGGAUAACAUUCGGCGCAGUCUAUUCUACGCUCACUAACGCCAACGCCAACGAUGACCGAUCCUUCGAGAGCCAGGCCUUCCUACGUGGCCUCGGCGCCAGAGUAUCCCGCAGAGCGAUUUCGAACGAGAAAGACUUGGAGCAUUUCCAGCAUAAUAGUGUGGAAGAUCCGGUGCGCUCGAUCGUGCAACGUCUGACGGAGGAGGCGGCAUUCCACGACGAGUUCAACGUCGGAGACGGCAUCAUCUUCGAGAACCAUCCGAGCGCCAUCAGCGACGUCGCCGAAGAGGUCGUUGAGCGACAAGGGCCGCCGGUGACACCACCGAGAACACCAGGACCGGACGGAUUCGACCGCGGUCAGCUUCGUCCAGACCAGAUCUGCGUUUAUACGGCCGACGAGCAGUCGUCUCUACGGAACAUGGCGUAUGUUAUGGAGUAUAAAGCACCCCACAAACUCACGCCUGUGCACAUGCGAGCUGGUCUGCACUCAAUGGACAUCCACAAACAAGUCGUCAAUCGAGCCACAGUGCCCACGGCGGACGAUCAGGAGGCAUUGUUCCAGUAUCACGCCGAAAGACUGGCCACAGCUGCCAUCACCCAGACCUAUCACUACAUGAUGGAGAGCGGGCUCGAGUACGGAUUGUUGACGACAGGCGAAACGAUUGUUUUUCUCAAGAUUGAUUGGCAGAAGGACCCCGGAACGCUCUACUUCCACCUGGCCGAACCCGGGCCUGAGGUCUUGGCACACCCCGAUAACCUCCGUUCAUGCACGGCUGUGAGCCAGACAUUGACCUUCAGCUUAAUGGCUGUUGGCCCGCCAGGAAGAAGGCGCCAACACGGGCAGGAUGAGCGUCAGCAAGCUAUGGAACGCCUUAAAACAUGGUCUGAGGACUAUGAGAUCAUGCUACGAUCUAUCCCGGUUAGCGAGAGAACAGCCCCGGCCGACUCACCGGCAUACGAGCCUCGGACAUCUCCAGAAUCCUCCGAUGACGAGCCCGAACGACCGUUGCCGAGCACCCCCACACCAGCUCCACGUGCCGAAGGGCAAGGCACCCGACGUAGCCAGCGAAUUUUGGCUCGUCGGCCACGCGGGGGCGGCAAUAACAACAACAACAGCAACAACAACAGCAACAGCGGCACCGGUGGCGCCGGCGCCGGCGAGGGCAGCUCGGGCCGUCCGGGCGGUUCAGUUCGUCAAUAUUGUUCCCAAAAGUGCCUUCGCGGAUUGAUGGCACAAAGCCCCCUGGACAAGGGGUGCCCCAACGUGAUGCUUCAUCGAGAGCACGAUGAUGGUCGACAGACUCACCACCCUGUCGACCAUAGUGAGUGGCUCCGGCUUCUUCGCAAGCAACUCAAGCGAUCACUGGACGAGGGAGUGGUCCCCCUAGGCAAAGAAGGGUCGCGGGGAGUGCUAUUUCAGCUCACGCUGCUUAAGUACGGCUACACCUUUGUCAGCAAGGGCACCGUGGCAGCGUUCAUCGAGGAUCUUGAGCAUGAGGCGGCAGUGUAUCAGCAUCUACAUAGACUGCAAGGCAUCAGUGUGCCCGUCUUCAUGGGCGCUAUCGACCUUCGUGACCUCGGGAGGACUUAUUAUUAUGAUCUGCGGGUUUACAUCGUGCACCUGUCAUUUCUCUCGUGGGGAGGAGAGAGUCUAGACUGUGCCGAGAACUUGUGCAAGAUGGACAAGUCCCUCGAGAGAGAGGUAUUACGAUCCCUCCGGGAACUGCAUAUGGAAGGCGUGGUGCAUCUUGACGUGAGGGAGGCAAACGCUCUGAUUAACCACGAGACUGGCCGGGUGAUGAUUAUAGAUUUUGAGAGAGCAUCCAUCCUUGAGAAAACACGGCGACCACCUGCGCCAGGUGGUGUUGAAGACUGUACAGCUGUGUCCCAACCCCGCCCUCGGCAGGCUAAUGACAUACUGAUGGCGAGGUCAAUGUUUGCUUCCGUGGCGAGGUAG